AUGGCAGCCCAACAGCCACAACCGAAAGAUCUUCCCGUCGACUCGAAAUACGACCACUACGACUUCCCCACGUCCGCUCCCACGCCGCAGGCAGGACAUCCAGGGUACACCACGCCCGAGCAGGAUGCCCAGGUCUUUCAGCUACGAAAGUUGUUGGAGGACGCCGGGUGUAAGGAGAGGCUAGAUACGUUGACCCUGCUGCGGUUUCUGAGAGCGAGGAAGUUCAAUGUCGAGGCAUCGAAGGCGAUGUUUCUAGCGAGUGAGAAAUGGAGAGCGGAGUUUAAGACGGAUACCUUGGUUGCGGACUUUGAUUACUCGGAGAAGGAGAAGAUGUUUGAAUUUUAUCCUCAGUAUUACCACAAGACGGACAAGGAUGGACGACCGGUAUACAUCGAGCAAUUCGGCAAAAUCGACCUUACAGCCAUGUACAAGAUCACUACCAGCGACCGAAUGCUCAAACAUCUAGUAUGCGAGUACGAGAAGCUCGCAGACAACCGCCUGCCCGCCUGUGCCCGAAAAUCCGGCCACCUGCUCGAAACCUGCUGCACGAUAAUGGAUAUGAAGGGUGUCGGUAUCUCCAACGCCUCGUCGGUCAUCGGAUACGUCAGACAGGCCUCUGCCAUUUCACAGAACUAUUAUCCUGAACGGCUGGGAAAGCUAUACAUCAUCAAUGCACCGUGGGGUUUCAGUACGGUAUUCGGCAUGGUUAAGGGAUUCCUGGACCCAGUUACCGUGAAGAAGAUCCACGUUUUUGGCAGCGGGUAUGAGUCUGAGCUACUCUCGCAGGUUCCAGCAGAGAACUUGCCCGUGCAGUUUGGCGGGAAGUGUGCGUGUGAGGGUGGUUGCAUGUUUAGUGAUAUGGGCCCAUGGCAUGAGCCUGAGUGGGCGUCUGGCUCCAAGGAUGCUGCUGGUGCUAAACAGGAGCCGAGCACGGAAGACAAGGACAAGAAGGAGGAGGAGGAGGAAGAGAAGAAGGAAGACGAGGAGAAGAAAGCUGUUGCUGAAGAUGCUGGUGCUUCUGCUGCGACCGCUACGACUGCCGCUGCUCCUGCGGCUACGGCAUAG